UAAGCACGUGAAUACACCGUGUCCUCGUGAAACAUCAAAACACUCGGACUGCUUGCCGACAAGCUCAAACUCGGUUUGUCCCACUUCUAGUCCCCUAGUAUGUUUUGAAUAUCCGUUUGCAAUAGUUGAGUUCAUCAUCCAGUGAUUGCAGAUUUCUAUGAAUUAUUAUAGAAGCUGAAAAUCAGGCAUUUGUUCAACAAUGUUAACGAUGACCGAGAACGACAAAAUCGCCAGCUAUAUCAACGAAAAUUUCACAAAAACUUCUACCAAAGAAAGGAUGGACAAGCUCUGCCGUCAAGUGUCAAUUGAGAGCCCAGGUCCUCGUAUCCAAGACUGCGUCUUCAACUUCAAAAUUCCUGUACCAGAUGUCCCACCUAAAGGAGCAAGGAUCCAAGUGGUUUGCGCUGGAGCCUGCUACAGAAUGAGAGGACGCUCAGCCUCAACAUCUAGCACCACAUCAAACCACUCCAAUGAUGAAAUACCCAGCCACAACACCUCCCACUAUGGUUUCAGAGAUAGUUCUUUGUUUCCUGGUUUCGAAGUAGCUGGAAUCAUCGAUGCUGUUGGCGAAGAAGCUGAUGGAACUUGUUUUGAAAUUGGUCAACGUGUCGUCAUCUAUCCUCACGAUGACCUUCCUCAUGGUUAUGCUGAGUACAUGAUUGUGCCCGAUUUGUCUUAUUUGGUACCCAUACCAGACAAUCUUCCGUUGAGUGUGGCUUCUAUGUUGCCUACCGGUGCUUUAUUAGCUAAGAGUGCAGUUAUGGCAGCUACAAGUUAUGUGGAGAAACUAUUGAAAGAAUAUUCAAGUGGUCAUAUCUGCAAAAUCUUGAUUGUUGGUACCGGCGGCCUUGCCUUGUGGGCCAUAAGAAUAGCUGAGCAUCAGUUCAAAUCUCCGGAAUUUAAGGGUAGAGUCCAAAUAACCGUUGCUUCUUUGAAAGAUGAUGGGUUUAUAUUAGCUUCAGAAAUACCACAUGUGUCAGUAGUGCAAUGGAAUGAAGAUCUAUUCGAGAAGCAAAUUGUUGAAAGAACCCAAGAUGCUUGUCGUGGCCUUGUUGAUGUAGUUAUAGAUUUUGGAAUAACAUCCAGAUCUUUACAUAGAUCCUUGCAGUGCCUCAAUUCGGUAAGUGAAGAUGAAACAAUUAUUAAGAUCUCAAUGUUUACCCUAAAUUUGUUUUAUUUUAAGGGAGGAAUUGUUUUCGUCAGUGAUGAGGUUGCUGAUAGACUUUUGCCGAAAUUUUCGAAGUUGAUAGCUGAGAAAAACCAGAAAAUAGAACCUGUCACUUUUGGAUCUAUUGAUGUGCUCAAACAACUGGUGGACCUGGUUUCAAAUGGAGAUAUAAUACCCCCUCCUCAUACUGAAUUUGCUGCUGAAGAUGCCACAUCUGUAGUACAAAAACUCUGCAAGUCUGAAAUUCCUGGGAGAGCUGUUUUGAGGUUUCAUGAUAUUGAAUGAAAUAAAAAACUUUCUAAUUCGAGCAAGAAGAAAAAAAGUUCAUAUAUUGAUAUAUUUGUCCGAUUUGAAUAUGAUUUAUAUUCAAUAAAUGCUAUAUUUAUAGAAAUUUGAUAGGACAAACUGGUUUGGAACCACUUUAAUUUGAAUUGAGGUUAUUUUUGUUUGUUUUGAGAAUUAUUAGUAUUGAUAAGAUGUGAUAAUAUGCCAAAUCAGUUUGUUCGAUUUAAAAACUGUAUGUGAUAAGUAAGUAUUCAAUUUUUUCUGUAUUUAUUUUAUUUUUCACUUUCCUUAGUAUUUUUAUAUUAAGUUAGUGUUAUUGGAGUAAAUAUUUCUGAAAUUUCA